UCGUCCUUUUAUACACUUCAGUCUCAACUUCAUAGCUUCCUAGACUCUUUUGUGUAUGUAUCAUUCUAAAAAAUCUCUGUGAUCAAAGAGCAGAGAGGGAGAGUAACUAAUCCGGAGCUGAUUGAGGCCGUUUGUGGGAGGGCAGGCUGUGGCAGGACAGAUACUCAACAAUGGCAGCAAAUCAACUAGAUGAUGUAAUUCAGAGAUGGAGAAAAGCCCAGGUAAAAGAUUUGAAACCAGAAGAUCAUGAACUUUUUCUGAACGUUGGUCAAAUGUGCAUUGUUCAGGGUGACAGUGCACAACUGCUUGAUUUUAUCAGCUGUGACAAAAAUCAGGACAUAGUAAGGUCAAUGGGUAGUUGUCUCUUGGGGCCCCUGAUUAAGGAGGUGGUGAGGAAAGAGAGGGAUUCUGUGCACUGUCAGGCUGUGAUCAAACACCUCUUACAGAGCUGCAGUUCGGACGAGGUUCUGAACGUCUUGCUCAGGCAAGUUGAGGAAACUGAUCCUGAUGUAAUUGCAGACACCAUCAUUCUGCUUAUGCAACAUAUUCAACCAGUGCUGAUGAGGCUUGGUGAUUCAAAGCCUGUCAUGUUGAGCCUGGCCCUAGAUGCUCUGCACAGACAGAUCUCGAAGCUGCCGGUACCAUACAUGCGCAAACAGGAAGAGGAAGACGAGCACGGUCUCGGUUGCUGCUGCGCUGCUUUGCUGACCUUUGUGCAGCCAUUUGUGCAGGAAGUCAAACGACAAGAUUUAAAGAGUCCACUGACAGACACAUAUCAUGCAAGACUGAAGACUGUGCUUCUGAAAUUUUGCAUGGAGAGUCUGAGGGAACCUCUCCUUGAAGCUCAGCUUGAUAGGGAGGCUCACACAUCACAAAACUCCCAAUUAUGGAUCUUUGCCACAGGGAUUAUGACUACUCUAUCAGAUAUCAAUGAGCCUCUGCCCAAACUCCUGUUCUACUACCCUUUGAGAAGGAAGGAAGAUGAAUUGGCCGAAUCAAAGGCUUCCUUGGCCUACCUGCUCUUUGUCCAGCAUAUUGCAAUUGACUUGUUCCCUGCUGUCUUCAGCCCAGGGUUUGUUCUGCAAUGCAACGUGCAGUACAUCAGCAUUUUAUUGAGCAGAAAAGAUGAAGCAUGGAUCUUGAAAGGUUUGGAUUUGUAUGUUAAAAUCUUGACGGGAGUUUCAGACAACAGUCUUACAGUUGAGUUGCUAGAGCAGAAGAUUUUUCAUACAGUCACACAAAACCUAAUUCAAAUCAUGACUGACUGUCCUAUCCAGCACUUGAGAUCAAAAGCUCUUGUGGUGUUUCAGCUUUUUAUCGAGAAACUAAAUGGGGAAACAAAGCAUAAAUUCUUCAGAUGCACAAUGAAAACCAGUCAGCAUGCAGGGGUGGAAAGUGUCAUUCUCACAAACAUCAGAAAUCAAGUGGAGCAUUCAAGCAAGUCAGAACAGAUGGACAGCUGGUUUAAGGGGACAUUACUGAUAGUACUUCUGAGGGACACGCUGAGUUUACAUCAAGGCCCAGAGACGGACUUACUGCAUGGAAUGGACAGGGUCAUGGUGUCUCUAAAUCUUCUAAGAUAUCUGCUCAUUAGAGAAAGAAACAAACCUACAGGUAUUUGGGCAGACCUUUGUAACAUUGCUGAGAGCUACUUAAAAAUACUGCGUGUGUGUCUCAGCAUGUCAAAAUCAUACUAUGGGUCUGAACUUAAGAGACAUCAUGAGGACAGAAAGCUUAAAGUUAAGGAAUUGAAAGAAGUCUUAGGAAAGAAAUCAGUUCAACCCAUGAUUUUGAAGAACAAACCACUGAGUGAGAUGCCCUCUGAGGCACAGGAAAAGGUACUACAGUGUGCACUGGUUACAUAUGAUCUGAUGGAGAGUCUCAUCAUCCGAAUAGAAGAAAUCCAAGAGGAGAGAGUAUAACGUGACACACACACACAACAUGUGUGAUCAAUGUGAUGUACUGUCUGGCUUAACUUGUUAACUUAAAAUCUUAUUUCACCUUUCUUGGAAAAUAAGACUACUCAAAUCAGGAUUUGCCAAGAAUAAGCUGUUUACUUACACCAAGGAAAACACACAUGAAUUAUACAUAUUACAGAAUAUUGUGCAUGCACUGUUAAAUAAAAGUAUUUGCAGAUGCUGUAUGAGAAAAUAGACUGGAGGUAAAAUAGUCUGCAGUUAUUAAUAUGUUGAUGUAGAAGUGGGCUGUGUGGCCUGUGUUUGUGCUGUUGCUGCUUUUAUCUUUAAAUGAAACUCGGGGCUCUAUUUGUUGGAUUCAAAUAAAGGUGAUUAAAAUUAAA